AUGAAGUUCGUAUUCAAGUUUAAAAUUAUUGCUGUAUUCAUUGCGCUUUUCCUAUGCUUAGUUAUGUUGAUUUACUACCUUAAACUCCUGGAGAACAGUAAUGUCGACAUAAAUAGCCCACUCUUUAAGAGAACUCAAAUCAAGUCAAAUAAAGCAAUUCAAACUCAUUUCUCGCCCAACAUCACCGAAAGGAUCGUGCACUUGGACCUGAAAGGAGCCCCUCCAAAGCUCUCAUACUAUUCCCAACUAUUUCCAUUGCUUCGCAAAAUGGGGGCUACUGGGGUUUUAAUGGGAUACGAGGACAUGUUCCCUUACAGCGGCACCCUUGAGAAUAUUUCCUCCCUUAACGCCUACACCCUGGCUGACGUGAAAGAGAUCAACAAUCUAGCUAAACAAAAUAGGCUGAAAGUGGUGCCUUUUAUACCACUGUUGGACAACAUGGAUUUCCUAUUGAAGCUGGAAGAGUUUAUUGACUAUAGAGAGGUGCAAAAUUUUCCGUCAGUUAUUUGUCCCUCGUAUAAUAAAGCCCUAGAGCUCCUGGAGACCAUAAUAGACCAAGUGCUAGAUGCACAUUUGGAAAGCGAAAUUAUUCACGUUGGAUGCAAUGCGGUACCUCAUCUGGGACGAUGCGAUCGAUGCAGCAAUCGAAUAAUUACCCAAAAACUCAAAAAAAAUCAGCUAUUUUUGGGGCAUAUUCACGUCGUAACAGCGAUGAUUAAAAGAAAGCGGCCUUCCAUACAGGUUUUGGUUUGGGACGAUUUUUUCCGCACGGCAGACCCGAAUGAAAUCCCGGCAGACUCCGUUAAUGCUUCCUUCCAACCAGUCGUCUGGUGGUAUGGAAAGGACGUUUACGACGAAUUGGGGCCCAGCUUGUGGAACUUGUAUUCCCACAUAUUUCCUAAUCUGUGGCUGGCAAGCGCCUAUAAGGGGGCAAUAGGUAGUUACAAGUACAUAUCUGAUGCCAAUCACUAUAUCCAAAACCACAAGAGCUGGCUCUCAAUUAUGGACGAGUACCACUCAAAGAUUAAUUUUCAAGGGAUUAUUUUAACCGGUUGGCAACGAUAUGACCAUUUCGCGGUUUUGUGCGAGCUUUUGCCCGUCGGAAUUCCGGCGCUGGCUAUGAGUUUGAGACUGCUGCAAGGAUACCAGGACUCGGCUUUGGGGCCUCCUUUGGAGGUGGCCAAAAUGCUACAGUGCGAACAGCCAUAUGGGCUGAUGGGGACCGCGUUUGGCAGCCCAAAGUGCAAAUUUCCUGGCGGAGAUAUUUUAGAAUACCUUAACCAUUUCCACCAGCUGGAUCAGGAGAUCUCCGAGCUGUUGGAGGAUCCGCAAGUAAAAGGGUGGCUAAGCGAUUACAAUACAGCCAGCAAUUUCUCAAACCCGACAGUAGUGAAAGUCGCUCUGAUAUCGAUCGAUGAAAUUAAGGCUGAACUGGAAGUGGUGAAAGAGCAAAUUUCCCAUUCAAUGUUGAAAAUCUACUAUGCACACACGGUUCAAGAAUGGCUGGCCACCUAUUUGGAGCCUGUCGAGAAAAAGGUUUUACACUUAUGGGAAGCAAAGCACAGAAUUUUGGAGAGGACUGUUUGGCCUCGAGGGCCAUUAAUCGACGCAUUGUAGGAUAUUUUAGUUGUCAAUUUUAGGACAAAUUUUGUUAUGUUUAAUGCUCUUUCCUGUAUUAAAAAUCUGACCUUCAA